AUGUCUCUCGUCAACCUAGCACACGUGUGCUCGCACAUGCAAAAUGCAUCCAAAGCCAGACUCGGGCUGACGUCAAUACCCGUCUCUAAAAUGCAUGUCAAAAUUGCGCUGGGCCUACAGCGCGAAGGCUUCCUCUCUUCUGUCACACUCGGCGGACCCACACCACCAAAGCCUUUUCUCCUACAAGCACAACAAGAUCCCGAGCAAUUAGAACAUAUGGCGCAAAAGCUCAAAGACGAGCCCUGGCUUGCCUACCCAGUCACGACUCCACGAGGCCAGAAAGAGCAGGCGCCACUCGGCCACGAGCAGGUUCACGACGUACACGUACCAGAGAACCCGGCGCGGAGGAGAUUAUGGCUGGGACUGAAGUACUGGCAGAACGAGCCAGUUCUGACCAACAUGAAGCUGAUCUCAAAGCCCACACGGCGGAUAUGGCUGACGAGCGAGGAUCUGGGCAAGAUUACACGAACGCGCGAGUCGAGCUACGUAAAGGGACUUACGCAUCCUGGCGAGUGCAUGUUUGUCACGACAGAUCGGGGCAUCCUAGAGGCAAGAGAGUGUGUGGAGCGGCAAUUGGGAGGCAUGGCUCUUUUCAGAGUGUGGUAG